AGCUCGCGAUUUGGCAGGGUGGAGGGAGGCCAGAGACAUAGAGAAAAGAAAGAAGAGAAAAAAGAAUAUUAGUACUGGGGGGAGGGAAAGGAGGGCUCAUCUGUGAAUUCGGGUUUGGUAAAGAACGGAGUGUAAGGACUGCAAGAGCUGGUAACGUCCAAAAGUAAUAAAACGUAGUAGUAUAUGAGAUUUAUAGACCCAGCGGUAACGACACAAAAGGGCCGUGAACAGGCAGCUGUGGUCCUUGGAAUCCAGUAAACCGUGGACGAAGGUUUCACUAGCAUGGAUGGCAGUUGGGAUGACAAUCAUGGCGUACAGUCAAAUUUUUGAUUGGAUGACCAGACGUGGUGUAAAUGCCGGAACACACCAGUCGCCUUACUGAUCGACAUUUCAUGUCCCUUUCCACAUCACUGUCAAUUGAUAUGACACUGCUGUAUCAAUUAUCAGGAUGCUGGAAAUGAGUCAUACCUGCAAAGAUUAAAUCCGAAUUGAACCUUUCUUCUUUGGAAGAUCAUUCUCAUACCCUCUGAAUGUUGAAUUAGAAGAGUGCCUCUUUUCCCUGUCCUAUUUAUACACAUUUCACCAAAAUACUGGAUAUUAGUAUUUUCACCCUAGUCUGGCAGCAUUGCUGCUCACCUACACACAGAUGAAUGAAGACCCCAUUUGGAAAGGCAACAGGCCAGAGAUCCAGAGCUGAUUCAGAGCGGUGCAUGGAACUUUUUUUUCCUCCCGCCCCACUUCAGCUUGUGCUGUAAAGGUUUCAUCCCAUCCUCAGCAAGAACAAUUUUGUGCAAGACCCACAGAUUUUCAGCUGGGAUAAGUACAUCUAAUUGCCAGUCAAGCACUGGGGCAUGCUGGAGUUUCUGUAAGUAUGAUGAAGAAAAAGAGUUCCCACAAAAAGCAUCGAAGCAACGUGGGACCAAGUAAACCUGUUUCUCAACCAAGGCGGAAUAUUGUUGGCUGCAGGAUACAGCAUGGGUGGAAAGAAGGAAGUGGACCUGUUACACAAUGGAAAGGAACUGUUCUGGACCAGGUUCCAGUAAACCCCUCUCUUUACCUAAUAAAAUAUGACGGAUUUGACUGCGUCUAUGGACUUGAACUUCAUAAGGAUGAGAGGGUUCAGGGUCUUGAAGUAUUGCCGGAUAGAAUUGCUUCCUCACGAAUCAGUGAUGCUCACUUGGCGGAUACAAUGAUUGGCAAAGCAGUGGAACACAUGUUUGAAACCGAAGAUGGUUCAAAAGACGAAUGGCGAGGCAUGGUGCUGGCUCGGGCACCAAUAAUGAACACAUGGUUUUAUAUCACUUAUGAAAAGGAUCCUGUUUUGUACAUGUAUCAACUUCUAGAUGAUUACAAAGAAGGUGAUCUGCGGAUAAUGCCCGAUUCCAAUGAUUCACCGCCUGCUGAAAGAGAACCUGGAGAAGUUGUUGACAGUCUUGUGGGGAAGCAAGUGGAAUAUGCCAAAGAAGAUGGCUCUAAAAGGACUGGCAUGGUCAUCCACCAGGUUGAAGCUAAACCAUCAGUUUAUUUCAUCAAGUUUGAUGAUGAUUUCCACAUUUAUGUUUAUGAUUUAGUAAAAACAUCUUAGGUGUGAUUUUUUUUUUUUUUUCUGUUUCUUUUUUUUGGAAGAAAAAAAUAUAAACUUUGCCAAAUGUUUCGAACUUUUCUCUGGAUGAUUUGGAAGCAAAAUGGAUAAAGUGCUCCAAUGGCUCAUGGAGUACCUAUAGUUUCCAGUGAGUGCACAAUCUCCACCAGAAGAAUAAAGUGGUUUCCAUUUUAUUUUUCCUUGUUUUUUUCCUGUUCAAGUUGUUAACAAAAGAGUGAAUCUGUGAAACCGGAUCAAAUUGCCAUUUCUGGUGAAGGAGCAAGUACCAGGAAGAUUAAAACUCUCAAGAUAUGUUAACUGUUUAAGUCACUAAUUAAUUAGGUGACAGAAGAUGGAAAAAAAAAAAAAACAGCCUCUGUUAUUAAAAAUCUUGAUCAAACAAGAUUAUAACUAUUCUCUGACAAAAAUUCAUUAGCAUUAUUGUAAUGCUUUUGUUGUUUUUUCACAUUUCUUUUGUUUUCAUGUUGUUUAAUUGAUAUUUGGUAUUAAGUCUUUUUUUUUUUUUUUUUUUUUUUUUUUUAACAAAAUGUCAAAACUGAAUUUCGAUGUUUAUAAAACAGUAAAAGUCCUUUGAGGAUCUUAUUAAUAUUGAAAGUUGUAAGAUGUUAGUAGAUGGCUAUUAAGCACUAAUUUCAUGCUCAGCUGUUGAGAUUUUUUUACAUAGCCAUGAAAGCACUUGGUAUACGUGCAGGUUUAAAUUUAGGUGGUCUAUUGAGCGUCUACACACACACAUACACACACACACACACACAAAUGCACCUUGAAAGUAUAGCUGCUGUCUCAAAGUUAUAGUCCAGUAGCAUUUGUUUUGUUGCCCUUAUUGCAGUUAUAUAUUGCAAAUGUUGUAUUGUGCAUUUUAGCAUAUGUAAUGAUACUGCUCCUUAAAGCUAAUAAGUACUUAAAAAGCCCAGUAAGGUUUCUGUACUUGCACAGUUAAAAAUUUAUCCCUGUCAUGCUUUAUAAAAAGACUCAUUAAAGAAUACACAUUAUCUACAGUAUUGAUCCAGAAUCUGUGUUUGUGAGUUGGUUCAGCUGAAUAACCCUGUUUACAUACUGCCUUUCAGUACUGCGUUUGCAGAGGAGAAUAGUUACAUUUCCCUGUGUGUGUGAGAAAUAUAUAUAAUAUACAUAAUUACACUCACACCUACAUGCAUACUGUACAUACAGACACAUACAUAGUAUUUCUAAAUAUGCAGUUAGCAGUGGAAAUCUUGUCACUGCUGUGCUGUUUGACAGGCUUGCCUUGAAAGAAAGGAAACACAUAAUUGUAGACAUCAAAUUCAAAUGACGUAUUUUUUAUUUAUUUAUUUUUUUUUGUAGGCAAAAUGAGAGCUUGCUGUAUAGUAGUUAAAUUAUGGUGCUUUUAGUAAUUUCAAAUGCAAAGUCAUAAAUGGUUUGAACAUUCCAUACACAUAAUUGUAUUAGUUACUAGUGUUUAAUGAAACACAACAUCAUCCAGAUAGGCGUAGUGAAACGGGGAAAAAGUUUGACUGCCUAAUUUUGCAAUAUACAAAAAUAAUAAUAAUAAAAAAAAACUUUCACAAAAGACUAAGUGAUGCUUUCAAUAUACAUUUAUAUGAAUAUUUUUUCAGCCUUACAUUGUGUGCCUGAUUCAGUAUUCCAAAUGUCUAGCAACAAAUUAAUGCAUUUUUUGGCAUUUCCAUUGAUGCAUUGUUUUUUAUUUACAUUAUGCCAUUUAAAAUGAAAAACCAAAGUUGCAUUAUGUUUUUUCUUUAUAUAUAUAUAUAUAUAUAUAUAUAUAUAUAUAUAUAUAAUAUAUAAUAUAAUAGUGUGUGUGUUAAAGUAACAUUUUUAAAAUGGCCACUCCUAGGCAGAACUUAUUACUUUUCCUCUGCAUUCUUCAGUCUGUCAUGGUUGUAUGUUGGAGAGUUGGGGGUAUUAAGUUCAGGGUUGAGUUUCAAAUAAAAAGCAAGUAUUCAUUGUUCAUAUCUCCAGACUGAAACUUUUCAGAUGGAACUUUUAAUGUCAUUCUUGGCAUUGUGUUUAUUAAAAAAUGUAAUUUCAAGUGUUAACUCCAGUAUAGCCAUUUAUGUGACUGUAUUGUUUAGAAGUUGGAAAUUGCAAAGUAUUCCCAUUUUUAUUGUGAAAGAUAACCCUGAAAAGGUGAAAGUGCAUUCCAGUAUAUAACAUUUUUAUUAAUGAACAUUUUUUUAUCCUCUCUCCCCCCCCCCCCCCCCCCCAAUAAGACCACCUUAUGAUGCUCAUGCUUGCUUAAUGUAAUGUAAAUUGAAAAUGGAUCCUGCUAAGUUAUUUGUUCAUUCACUGUUAUGUAUGCUGAGAUAGAAAUAUACACCUGUAUAUGUGUUCAUCUAUAUAUGCAUAUAUAGAUACAUUAUAUGUAUGUAUAUGUGUGUGUGUGUGUGUCUGUGUGUGUGUGUGUGUGUGUAUAUGUGUAUGUAUAUGUAUGUAUAUAUAUAUAUAUAUAUAUAUAUAUAUAUAUAUACACACACACACACCCACAUGUGUGUGUGUGUAAGUAAUAUAAAAUACUCUCCUUUUGUACCAAGAACUGAUUUAACUUAUGUAAUCAGUUCCUAGUUCUCUGCCCAGCCCUUCUGCCUUGGGCUCAGGUUUCACAUCUGCAUGCAGUUAUUUUUUUGCCAUAACUGAAUGCAGAUUCCUAGUGUAGGGGGAUUCCACAUUACUUUCUUGAACUGUCUUGAGGCUUGUAACAGUACAAGUUUAAAAAUAAAUGUAAGAUUACUGACCUUCUCAUUUACCUACUGUAAUAUUGUUGUACUGUGUUUGUUGUCAGUUCCAUGUUGGAAGCUUUUAAACUCCUACCUUUCUUUUUGCAUGCCUAGAAAAAUUAAAUCAGUUGAUGUAACUAGUGAGAGUUGCAUGUUAAACAGAAUUUUGUUUUGUUUAUGGUUCCUUUUCACCCAAACCCCUUCACCUCCACUUUCCUUUUUGUAUUUGUGUUUUGUGCUGUUUUGUAUGAUUCUCAGUAGGAUCAAAUGCACUGGUGUUGCAAGCAGAGUGCCAACUUAAGGGCAUUUACCAGUGGUGUGUGUCUUACAGCAUUUGAGGAUCCAUAUAUCUUAAGGGAUACAACAGUUUAUAUGUAGUAUAUAUGUGUGCAUAUGUAAAGUAUACACACACAGAUAUACAUAUAUGCUUUUUAAAUUUUUGACCAUAAUUUUUUUCUUUUAAGUGCCAAAAUGAAAAUUUGAGGAAUACCCUGAAUUUGGGCUUAAACUGAAAGUUUGUGGGGAAAUGUGUUUAAUUCAGUGUUUUAAACAACAUAUCAAAGUUUCUCAUCUGAAAGGCGUUAGAGUAUCAGAUAAUGCAUGGUUCCUUUGAGAUGCUGUUUUUUUUUUUUUUUGUUUUUUUGUUUUUUUGUUUUUUUUGGUAUAAUUAUGCAGUGCAAUUUGAUGGUUACAAAUACAUGUAUAGUUCAAAAGUCUUUAUGUUCUCCUUUGCGUCUAGGUAAAUGGCUUUUUGAACAAUGUAGAUAGUUCAUGUCCUUUGCAUUUAGAAGUAUAAACACAACAUUCAAAUCUGUUACUUAAUUAUGUAAGUAAUUUUUAUAAUUAUUAUGUAACUAUCCUUAUAACAUUUAAAAAUAAAAUCUCUUAAUGUGCAAUCCAGUGUUGUAGCAUUGAUUUAGUUAAGUUCCAAGCUGUUUCUGUGGUAAAAUGUUGUCUGUGAAAUAUGGGCAGUUCUAUUUAGUUGGGAGUGCGUCAUUGCAUUAGUAACCUCAACUGUUUUUGUGUCAGGUAAAAUAAAAAAUAAAGUUAAAAUUGCAGCAUA